GUUGGCAUGCUAAUGUUGGCAGGUUCGAGUCGUUUAUCCAUUGGUAUUGCUAUUCUUAGUUAUUCAUUCGGUUCCUAAAAUAUAUUUUGUCGUGAGUGAGUUAAUUCAGCAAUAAUGUCGGAAAUAUCGUUAACGGAGCAGCCGAAUAUGUUUCAAAUAGACUUGAAUCAGCUUGAUUUACAACAACUUACGAUGUUUAAGCAGCAAUUGGAUCAGUCGCUUUCGGUAUUCCAAGAUUCGCUGCAAAGUUUGAAAAUAGCGCAAAACAAAUUUCAGGAAUCUAACGACUGUCUCGAUAAAUUUACGCCAGAUACUAAAGGAAAGGACAUCUUAGUACCAUUGACCGGCUCGAUGUACGUACCUGGAAAAUUGAUCAAUACAGAAAAUGUCCUUAUUGACAUUGGCACCGGAUAUUUUGCUGAAAAAACGAUAUCAGAGGCAAAGGAGUAUUUUAAAAGGCGAGUCUCGUAUGUUACGGAACAAAUAGAACAUAUUCAGACAAUAGCUCAAGAAAAAAGCAAAAUUAGAGAAAUAACUAUUGACAUUAUGGAAACGAAACUUCAGAAUUUACAAAAAGAUGCUGCACAGCGAGCAUAAGAGGCAUAUUGCAUUUAUUUGUGAUUUUUACACAGAGAAGAAGAGAAUAGUUGAAUGAAAAAUCAAUGAACAAUAUUUAAGAACAAUGUUAAUUCAUGUGAUAUUGUUAAAUCAUUUUCUUUUCUACUGUAAGCUAUGUAUCACAAUUUUCUCACUGUUACACACAGUUUUAAUCAUAUAAUAAUUUAAAAUAAUAAUU